AAACCACGAUGCCCGCCGUGGUUUUAUCACAUUGAAAACAUGUUGGCUCGGAUUGCUCCUCGAUGCAUGCAGCGAUGGCCAUCGGCGGUGGUGGCGUCCAUGAAGCCUCGCAGCUUUUCAGCCUUUGAGAAAGACGAAGAUGGGAUGGUGAACAUCAACUCCAAGCAACACUGGGAUGCCCUGGUCGCCACAGGAAACCCAAUCGUGGCGGACUUUUGGGCUCCGUGGUGUGGGAAGUGCCGCCAAAUCCAAGGUUUCGUGGAAACUUUGGCCGAAGAUCACCCGCAUGUGACAUUUGUACGAAUGAACACGGGCGAUGAAGGUGUGGAACCGAUCAAAGCCGCGCUGAACGUGACGGUGCUGCCUUCCUUUCGCUUUUUCAACGGCGGAGAGGAAGUCGGCGCGCCUGUCACCGGCUACAAGAAGGACCAGCUCGAAGACCAAGUCACCAAACUCGCAUUGUAACAUAACUUCCGUCGAAUAGUGCACAGCUUAUCCGAGACGUUCGCUUCGUUCUCGUAGUUACAAUACCUUUUUCCAUGGGCAAUUAUCAUGGUAGUGGAACAAUCCGACCAGCCAGAAACGAACAACAGCUAAAGUGAGAAGCUUAGAUCCG